AUGGGGAACGAAGCCAGUUACCCCGAGGAGAUGUGCUCCCACUUCAGCCAGGACGAAAUUAAGAGGCUGGGCAAGCGGUUCAAGAAGCUGGACCUGGACUGCUCGGGCGCCCUGAGCGUGGACGAGUUCCUGUCGCUGCCCGAGCUGCAGCAGAACCCGCUGGUGCAGCGAGUGGUCGACGUCUUCGACACGGACGGCGACGGAGAGGUGGACUUCAGGGAGUUCAUCCUGGGGGCCUCCCAGUUCAGCGUCAGGGGGGACGAGGAGCAGAAGCUGAGGUUUGCCUUCAGCAUCUACGACAUGGAUAAGGACGGCUACAUCUCCAACGGGGAGCUCUUCCAGGUGCUGAAGAUGAUGGUCGGGGACAACCUGAAAGACUGGCAGUUACAGCAGCUGGUGGACAAGACCAUCAUCAUCCUGGAUAGAGACGGGGACGGGAAGAUCUCCUUCGAGGAGUUCAGUGCUGUGGUCGGAGGCCUGGAGGUGCACAAGAAGCUGGUGGUAAUUGUGUGA